AUGCUACAUUCCAUCUACGAUCUCACCACAUUUUGUAGGAAGACGACAGGAAAUGUGCCCGCAAAACUUGUUGGUGCAUCCACGACGGUUGUAGGCUCAAAGAUGUACCUUUUUGGGGGCAGACUAGUCACCGAACGAAGAAUGGUGAAUGAUCUAUACAUCUUUGAUUUGGACACCUUCGUAUGGGAGAGAAUUCCACCGUUAGCCGAAGAUGAUGUCCCUAGAGCGCGUUACUUUCAUAGUGCCGAUACUUGGAACAAUCAACUGGUUGUGUUUGGCGGAAUGAGCAAUCAGCCUGACUCCCCCAACCCCGACGAGCUCUGUGUAUUGAACGACGUCCGCUUCUUCGACAUUCCUACGCGACGCUGGCUACCGGAUUUACACGGCUCCAUCUCUUCUCCAGAAAAUCUCAUACCACGCGCUCGAUACGCUCACUUAUCCUCUGUAACCUCCGAUCGUUUAUUCAUUAUCGGUGGCCAAGAUUUUUUCAAUACAUGGUUGGACGAUGUUUGCGUUUACGACCUUUUUGCCAAAACCUGGGUGCAACGGCGCGAUUACCCUCGACAUUGCGGAACAUACCGCAGCGUAGCUGUUUCAUCUCAAUCUAUCAUCCGUUCACCCCAGGAGGAAGUACAGGCCUCGCUGUCGACCUCCACUAUCGGCCCUCCUGGGACCCGCUUUCAUUCUGGGAAAGCAAAUAACCCUACUCCGGAUGUGACACCUUCUGAAGGUUUGGUCCAUCUCCCAUAUUCAGCUGCCCCGACGGAAGAUCAUCCCAGCGAUAUCUACCUUUACAGCAAUUAUAAUUUUACUGAUGUCAAACGUGAACUUGAAGUUUUUUCCCCCUUACCUGAUGUCGACUUCACAAUACAAGACCGUUCGACCGCAAUGACGGGCUCAACGUUCCCUCCUGGACUACGUUUUCCCACUGGAGCAAUUUUGGGCAAUCAUUUAAUCAUCGCAGGUACUUAUCUGGCCCACAGCUACCAGUCUUUUUCGAUAUGGGUCUUGGACUUGAAUGCGAUGACUUGGUCACGCAUCGAUCCCGGGAAAGCCGUGGAAACUGGUUCUUGGUUUCGCGGUUGUUUGUGGCCAGAGGCAAACAAGUUCCUUAUUUUCGGAAAUCGCAACGGUAACCUUGUUGAUGACUACAAUCGUCGACUUCUCAGUUGGGAUAACGUCGCAGUUGUAGAUCUUGAAGCUUUUGGUAUAUAUCAAGCCCCUCCUUUAAAGCUUGAUCUCCGCAUGCAGGAACUUGGGCUGGCCGCGCUCGAAGAAAGCGUAUUAACGGACUUUGAAAUAAUUUGCGAUGAUGGUCGUAAAAUCCCCUGCUCGCGAAAGAUUUUGGAAGAGCGCUGGCCAUGGUUCAAAGAAAAAAAGAAACAACUGUUGAAAACUGCCGACUCAACACUCCAAACUCUGCCCACUUCGGCUAUGCAUGUUCCGCUUCCCGAAACGGCAGGACCAGUUGGCCAGCCACGAGCUGACCCUCGUUUAACGCCUCGCUCCUUCCGUCUUUCUGAAUCUUAUCCCGUUACCUUGGCUUUGCUGCAAUAUUUUUAUUCACUAGCCCUCAUUACUCCCCUACAACACGCACCCACCGUUUUGAGCCAGCUCUUGGUUUUAUCCACUAAUUACCGCAUCUCGCAUCUAGAGGCUUUGGUGAAGCAUGCGAUGCACAGGGCCCUCUCCAACUCCACAUCUGUGGGCGUAUAUGAAGUAGCGACCUUGUGCGGUUGUCGUAGUUUACAAAUCCGAGCAUUAAAGACUGUUAUGUCUUAUACCCAGAAGCGCCCUUCUCGAUCGAAAGGAGAAAAAGAUGGUGGGGGUAGCGGUCGACCGCCAGAUGCUGGUGGAUCUUCCCAGGAUGGUUCCGCAGGUGGACGCCCUUCAAACAAUUCCAGGUAUAUUUCACGACCACGUGGAACAUCAGACGCGAAGUGGCGGACGUUGACUGAUAAUGGAGCAAGUAGUUCAGGAUAUAAUUCCCGAAGAAGUGAUCCGCAAGUACUAAUAUCCCCUCCUUCAGUGGUCACCAUCCCUUCCAACGAGCAGGUGCACCCACAACAUCCCAUCUUGGCGGGUGAAAUUUUUGGACUGACGAUCAAGAAGCAACCUAUUCUAAACCCGACUAGCCAAGAGCCUGUAGGGAAUAUUUUCCCCCAAACAGCGUCGCAGGACCGUUCCCUUUCUACACCGUCUUCCCCUGCCCCAGAACCUGGUGGUCUGUCUACCAAUAGUAGUACAGACCUUCCUGGACGUGGACAAGCCCGCCUCGAAGCUUACCCAACUACCUUGCCUUUUGUACCUUUCCAUCUUCCUAGACCACGCCCGCCUCUCAUUGAAAUAGACAGCACCGAUAAUAUUUCAUCAGCUCAAUCAAAUGAGGGGGCCUCGCCCCUCACACCCUCCUCUCCAUCCCUUGAUGAUACUGAUUCCGCUGCUCAAAUUCUUAUCCCCAUCAUCGUUCAAAAAGGAACAAGCUUCCAAAAGGCCCUAACUGAGCCUUCCGUUGUCUCGCUCAAGCUCUCAUCCCUGUCUCCGUUGUCGCCUUCAUGGGUGAAAGCGGCGACCAACCGUUCUCCUGGAAAAAGGAAGACGGACGCACGUCCUACCUCAAAUAAAACCCUUGUUCGAGAUGUUCAAACCUUCGCCACCCGACCCAAGUUAGUGUCAUUAAAUUGA